AUGAUCAACCCGGAGGCGGAGGGAGACAGGUGCGAACGGCACCCAGUGCACUUGAAGUCAAUAGGAGUUUGCCCCUGCUGCCUCCGCGAGGCUCUGUCUCGCCUCCUCUGGGCCUCCUCCUAUGGAAUCUAUGCCGCUGCUGCUUCCACCACCUCUUCAUCUCCUUACUCUUACCUCUCUUCUGUUUCCGUGUCUCCAUCCUACAUUGAUCUGAAGAGGCCAAGGCCAUCUUUUCACUUCGAAAGGAGCGUCGAGGACCGAGACUCUGCCGGUUGGAAGGAGCCGCUGACAAAGAGCCAGUCUUUGGUCUUCGCGAGAGGCCGGAAGAAUGGGAAAAAAGAGAAGGAAAAGGAAGGGAAGAAGGAGAAGAAAGGAAGGUUUUGGUCUAAGCUGCUGUGGGGUUCAAGCAAGAGGAAGGAGGAGGGUGUUGCCUCCUUGGACUCCAAGGCUUUCAAGGGGAAGCCUUCUACCAAGUAG